GUCCAUCCUGGUGUUUCUUAGCCCAGUCCACAAACGGCUGUUCUCUAAAAACGUGUAGCCGAUUCGCUGUCAACACAACUUCAAAACUUCUGGAUUAUAUAUAUACACGCCAACAACACAUGGUGUUUUCACAUCAAGCCGCUCUCUCUCCUCUCUCUCUUACAACUUAUUUUAAGUUCUCUUGCUUUCAUCAGAAUCACCCCCAACAAUAUCUAUCUCUUUGUGGGUAAUUUGAUUUGAUUCAUAAGUUUUGGUUUGGCUUUGAUACUUUGGUUUGAUUUAUUUGAAAAUACAUACAUAUAUAUAUAUAUAUAUAUAUAUAUAUAUAUAUAUAUAUUGUGGGUGUGUGUGUGAUAUUUGUUUUUGACAAUGGUGGGUGAAGAGAGAAAGUACAUUUCAAUUGAAGAGCUGAAAGAGCACAACAAAGCUGGUGAUUUGUGGAUCUCAAUCCAGAGCAAGGUCUACAACGUGACGGAUUGGGCGAAAGAGCAUCCGGGUGGGGAUAUUCCUCUCCUGAAUCUGGCUGGGCAGGACGUGACUGAUGCGUUCAUUGCUUUCCAUCCAGGUACGGCAUGGCAAUAUCUUGACAAGUUCUUUACUGGGUAUCAUUUGAGUGAUUUUGUGGUCUCUGAGGUGUCCAAAGAUUACAGAAGACUUGCUUCUGAGUUUGCCAAAUCUGGUAUGUUUGAAAAGAAAGGACAUGGUGUGAUCUAUUCGUUUUGCUUUGUUGCUUUGAUGCUUGCUGCAACUGUUUAUGGUAUAUUGUGUUCAAAUAGCUUCUGGGUUCAUAUGAUCUGUGGUGGGUUGUUGGGUUUUUCAUGGAUUCAAGUUACUUAUGUGGGUCAUGAUUCUGGGCAUUAUCAAGUAAUGAUUAACAGUAGAUGUAAUAGAUUUGCACAAAUCCUUACUGGGAAUUGCCUUACCGGAAUCAGCAUUGCUUGGUGGAAGUGGACACAUAAUGCCCACCACAUCUCUUGCAAUAGUCUUGAUUAUGACCCUGAUCUUCAACACCUGCCUGUUUUCGCGGUGUCUACAAAAUUCUUUGAUUCGAUCUCGUCUGUCUUUUAUGGUAGGGAGUUGACAUUUGAUCCACUGGCUAGGUUCCUAGUGAGCUAUCAGCAUUGGACAUUUUAUCCGGUGAUGAUUGUUUCUAGGUUUAAUCUUUAUCUACAAACUUUCUUGUUGUUGUUCUCCAAGAGGAAGGUGCCUGACAGAGCUUUGAACAUAUGUGGAAUCCUUGUGUUUUGGACUUGGUUUCCUCUUCUUGUUAUGUGCCUACCCAAUUGGACGGAGAGGGUGUUGUUCGUGCUGGCGAGCUUUGCGGUUACCUCAAUUCAACAUAUUCAAUUUACUUUGAACCAUUUUUCUGCUGAUGUUUAUGUUGGAUCGCCUAAGGGGACCGACUGGUUUGAGAAACAGACGGGUGGGACAAUUGACAUCUCAUGCUCGAGAUGGAUGGAUUGGUUCCAUGGUGGGUUGCAAUUCCAGCUAGAGCACCAUUUGUUCCCCCGAUUGCCCCGAUGCCAUCUGAGAAAGGUCUCUCCUAUUGUAAGGGAACUUUGCAAGAAGCACAAUUUGCCUUACAGGAGUUUUUCCUUCUUUGAGGCCAAUGUGAGGACAAUCCAGACUCUUAGGGCUGCGGCCCUGCAGGCUGAUGAUCUCACCAAACCUCCGAAGAAUUUGCUCUGGGAAGCUUUUAAUACUCAUGGAUAAGGUCUUGAUAUGGCCUGGUAAGAUGUCACUUUUGCCUUUGUUUGAGACCACCAUAUUUUAUGGGGGUCAUUUAGUUUGUUUCAUUUGGUCAGGACACUUGGUAUGUAGUUGUUAUUCCAUAGUGGCCUUUUUUUUGUUGCAAUCUGUUGUUAUAUUUCACAAUCUGCCUCUGAUUCAAUAUCUGAUCGGGAUAUGUUUAUUUAUAUCUUUGACAUGAGCUAGUGCACAGGGGUUAACUACAUGAUAAAUAAUAUUUCAUUCUUCUUGGACUUGAGUAUA